AUGACUAGCGCAACACCGAUGAAUCCGAAAAAAAUGAAAGUGAGCGAGCUGCGGGCAGCGCUAGAGUCGCGUGGGCUAAGCUUUAAUGGACUUAAGACGGAGCUGAUUCAGCGCUUAGAAUUAGCACUUGACGAAGAAGAAUUUGGUAGCGAGGCGCAGGAAAUGGAGGAGCUGAAGGCACCAAGUCCCAAGCAGACAAAGAAGACAGAUUUGAAAAAGAAAGAUUCACUUGCCGGCGUUGCAUCGAUGCAGGAUUCAUCAAAAGGCACGAAGUCAUAUAGUCAAUCCUUCGUAGAAAACGCCGAGCCUUUCGCCAAAAAUGCUACGACUACUCCCGUUGAGAAAAUUGACAACGUGGAGAGUGAUCCUGUUGCAGGUGCUGUUGUCCCUGAGUCGGACACGAAUCAGGUUAAACUGAAUAGAACACAGGGAAAUGAGGCAGACAUGGGAACCUCUUCCCAGCCUAUGACGGAGAAGGUCAAACGUGCAGCCCGUGCUGCCAAGUAUGGCAUCCCUUUGAGCCUUGUCGACAAGAAAGCCCUACGCGCGAAACGUUUUCAUCUCCCCAGCGCAGGUGCGUGCUUUGCAUCAAAAUGUAUACUGAGAAAAGUCUUACACAAAUCUACCUUUAAAGUGGCGGAUGAGGAGAAUGGAAAGCGACUUAAAAGAGCGGAGCGAUUUCAAAUAGAAACAAAAGACACACUUGAAAAGAAAAAGGAGGCGAGGGCUGAGCGCUUUGGCUUAAAUGUUGAAGAAAAACGACGUUUAGAGCGUGCCAAGCGUUUUGGACUGGAGACUAGCGAGUUGCUUGAAGAGAAACGACGGAAGCGAUUGGAGCGCUUUGCAACGGCCCUAAUCUAA